AUGGCAACGUGGCCGAUCGCAGUAUGGGUCCAAUAUGGCCUUAUGUUUCUCUAUGUGGCCACCUCGAUCCCGUUCUUCAUUGAUAUUCGAUCGAUUCCUCGCUCAAACACGUGCGGUAUGACGUACUCGGCGCCCAUCUACAAGUCGUUGCCGUUCCACGCUGUCGACCCGUCGAUGGCGCACACGUACGCCAAGUACACGUUCGCGCAGCUCUUCAUGGAUGGCGCUGACAAAAGAAACGACAGUCAACCUCUCUCUGGGGUGCCUGUGCUAUUCGUUCCUGGCCACCUGGGCAGCUACAAGCAAGCGCGAUCGCUCGGCCAACACCUCGCCGACUUGCAUGCCAACAUCGACCUGUUUCUGCUCGAUUUCAACGAAGAAGCCACGGGAAUGGCUGGCCAGUUCGUCCUCGAGCAAGGUUUCUUCCUCAACGAAGCCAUCAAAGAGAUCCUCGCCAUGUACACGUCCCUGCCAGCCGAUCGUCGCCCGUCGUCGGUCGUGGUCAUUGGGCACUCCAUGGGGGGCAUCGUAACCCGCACCGCGCUAACAUUGCCCAACUACAAUCCCCAGUCGAUCCUGACUAUCGUCACGCUCAGCACGCCGCACGUGGCGCCGCCGUUCAACCUGGACGCGGCCAUGACGGCUGUCUACGCCACCGUCAACUCGCUGCGCCAGCCUCCUCCUCCGUCUUGCACCAACGCCACGUCCCCUUCCUGCGGCCACCAGGAUGACGUUGUGAUCGUAUCCUUGGCCGGGGGUCUUAAGGACUUUGUCGUGCACUCGUCACUCGCCUCGAUCGCCCACGUCGUGCCCCCGUCCAACGGUUUUGCCGCCCUCACGUCGCUUCUGCCCGCUGUCAAGUCGUCCAUGGAUCACCUGUGCAUCCUCUGGUGCCACGAGUUCAUGCGCGUCUUGUCCACGGCGCUCAUCCGGCUUGUGGACCCCGUCACACACCAGCUCCGCACGAGUCCGUCCGACCGCGUGGUAGUUCUGCACGACGCGCUCCUCGGGCCGGAUGGCGACGUGUGGGACCACCACCUGCACGUGUCCCGGGGGUUUACGACCGACGAAGUGGCGCAGACCGGCGGCGUCCUCUCGUUUGAACUACCCUUGUACAUCUUCCGUACGCAGUACUUGGUGCCGUUUCCACUGCUGGCGCUUGUGGCCCUCGCCAUGCUGGCCACGCAAGUUGAGUGGUGGCAGCUGGAUCGUCCAGACACCAUCCCGACCUUCCUCGCGCUGCUCGCCCCGUCCGUCCAUUGGUCGGCCCUUGUAAACCAUUCGUUGCGCCAGGCGCACCUUGGCCACCAGUCUCGCGGAAUCCAAAUGGCGGGUGUGGGCACUGCCGCCGUCGCACUCGUUGCCACCCUGUACGCCCUAGACCAGCUCUACAGCGCGUACAUCGUCCUGCUCUGCUACUUGUACCUGCUCGGGUUCCUCCAUGUCGUCACGUUCGCCUUGACGGCGUUCGUCCGCAUGAUGCCGCCUUCUCGUGUGACCAUUUCUUCGCCGCGUCUAUUGACAUUAUUGACGUCUCGACUCGCGCUAGCCGGCUUUGGCGCCGCCGUCGUCGCCGGUGGCCACGUCUUCUUCCGCGCGGGCGUGCAUCCGACUAGGGAGCUGGCGCUGGCGGUGCUGGCAUGUCUGGCCAUCCACGUCCUCCUCGUGCUGUCCGCGCUGGUGGCGCCGACGUCGUCGAGAUCCGUCCAGCACGUGACGUACCAACGCACGUUGUUUGCGUUUUACUUUGGCGUGUCGCCGUGCUGGAUUGGCGACCUCGUGUACUUUGCGGACGUGGUGCAGUUCCCGCGAUCACUCGACCUGUCGUUUGUGCUGCAUGUGCUACGGUCGCUGGCGCUGCUGCUGCCGUGCGUCGCGCACGUCUACCUGUCGCGGCAGUGGAUGUUCCCGCUUCCACCGGACGCUGUCUUUGCGCGGCUGCAAGGCGGCGUCCGACAACGGCCACCGACGUCCGGCUCAACAUCAACGCAGAUCGUGUUGGCGCCGGACCAGUGCACCGAAUGCUUUGUCGAAGACGGCGGCGUCGGCGCCGUCUUUGAAGCCGUCGACACCGUCGACACCAUCCACCUCUCAGACGACGUUGUCGUGGGGCCCACGUUCCGCGUCGUCGCGUGCGACUGCGGCCUGCGGAACCUCCCGUCCCGCGACUUUUGUCUGUUUUGCAAACGAUUGUGCUCGACGUGCGGCGGCGGCGAAGGUGCGCGCCGUCAAGCGCAUGCCUUCCGCGACUACAUGAACAACGUCCAGGACCAAGUGGUGGCUCAUCAAGGCAUCCCGCUCUUCCUCUGGAUCGUGCUCGUCGUGGGGUUCGGUCUCGUCGCACAGACGCCCCAUGUUCUCUUGUACGUCGGCACGGCCGUCGGCGCCAUCUUUUCGCUGUAUCACACGGGGCUGCGGGGUCCAUUGGACACUGUGAAGGCCACUGGUGCGUCGUCGUCGACGCCGUGGAUGGAGGAUACUCGAAAGUAA